AUGCCCAUUGAUGAGGAGACCCUCCCCUACUAUGAACCUGAGCAAUUCUACCCAGUGCACAUCGGAGACCUGUUCAAGGACAGGUAUCAGGUCGCAGGCAAGCUUGGCUACGGCGCUUACUCGACAAGUUGGCUAUGCCGAGAUCUUCGAAAUGAUAAGUAUCGAGUGCUGAAGGUGUCAACCUCGCUACGAAAGUUUCCCACUGCGACCGAUCGCGAGUUCAAGAUCUACGAGCAUCUCGCGAAACUCGAUUCGGCGCACCCAGGACAAUCGCUAAUCCGAGAACUUUACGACUCAUUCGAUCUCCAGGGGCUUGCUGGCAAACAUCGAUGCCUCGUUCUUCAACCAAUGUACAUGACAGUACAUGAGAUGAUGAGAUUGAACCCGAGGCCAUUCGACGUACCCCUCCUUAAAAUGACACUAAGACGACUACUUUUGGCGCUUGACUUCUUACAUAACGAAGCUAGCAUAACCCACACUGAUCUAAAGACCGACAACCUGAUGCUUAGCCUAGAGGAUGACACUAUGUUAGCCGAUUUCGCGAAAGAAGAGGCUGACCAACCUAGCCCUCGGAAGAAAAUAGAUGAGAUACGUACCGUUUAUAAAAGCCGACAUUUUCGCCGACCCGUUAGAGGCAAAGGGUAUGGUCUCCCAAUUCUUUGUGAUUUUGGCGAGGCAAGAAUUGGGAAGAAUCACGAAUCCGGUCCCUUUGUGCAGCCCCAUAUAUAUAGGGCACCAGAGGUUAUAUUCGAGAUGUCAUGGGGAAGUGCUGUCGAUAUUUGGAACCUAGGAGCUUUGAUUUGGGACCUCUUCGAAGGAAAACAUCUCUUUGGAGAUAUCUUCGACAACAAAGGCGGCCAUGACCCAUUCAAGCACCUUGCACUUAUGGUCGCCCUGAUUGGGUCACCGCCGACCGAAUUUGUCCAGCGCAGCGAGACAACGGAGCAAUGUUUUGAUCAAAGUGGCGCUUGGAUUGCACAUCAAGAUGCCGCCGUACCCCCGGUUUCACUAGAAAGUUUGGAUGUGCGACUUUCGGGCAGCGAGAAAGAGCUGUUUAUUUGUUUUAUGAGAUCCAUGCUUAAGUGGCUGCCAGAGGAGCGCAGGACGGCAAGACAGCUACUCGAGGAUCCAUGGCUGCUUUAG